AUCAGCAAACAGCGUUCGGCACCUCUCGUGUUCACUCGGCAUUCAUCGUUCACAAUCGGCAAUGUGAACAUGGCGAUGAUCAGUGUACGAAACUGUGCGUCCUUGCCUUCCUUGUUUUGCAGCAGGCUAUUUAGACCGGAGUUAAAGUCACUUUGCUCAUACCACAAAAAGGUGGUUGACCAUUAUGAAAACCCGAGAAACGUGGGAUCUUUGGACAAAAACUCCAAAAGUGUGGGGACAGGUUUGGUAGGUGCACCAGCCUGUGGUGACGUAAUGAAACUCCAGAUUCAAGUUGAUGAAAAUGGAAAAAUAGUGGAUGCAAAGUUUAAAACAUUCGGCUGUGGGUCGGCUAUAGCCUCCAGCUCCCUAGCAACAGAGUGGGUGAAGGGGAAGUCGCUGGAUGAAGCUAUGAAGAUUAAAAAUUCAGACAUUGCCAAAGAACUGUGCCUCCCUCCAGUCAAGCUUCAUUGUUCCAUGCUUGCAGAAGAUGCCAUAAAAGCAGCGCUCUCAGACUACAAAAUCAAACAGGACAAGAAAGAGGAACACGCCAAAGCCAGCAGUUAAUUCUUUUCCACGUUCAUCCUGGUGAAAGAGAUAUCCUUGAUCUGAAGAAAAAAAUCCUUCACAGAAAUAUCGAGAGCAUCACACCCUUUUUGGAGGACUCAUGCGCCACAUGAUGCUAUUUUGCAGCUGUGAUUUUUGUUUUAUGACCUGGACAAUUACACUUUGGCCUCUAUUUUUGGUCGGAUUGUAUCAAAUGUGGGAAGGUCAUUUUAAAAGAACUAUGAAGAAAUUAUCUAAUUUCUUUAUUCAAGCAUUUUAAAGCUAAUAAAUUAUUUCCAAAUUGU